AUGUGGAUGAUCGUCUUCCUGCUGGGUUCGGUGGUGGCGCGCUCCGCCAUCGUGCCCCUAAUCGUCGACUUAAACUAUCCGCAAAAAUGCACCACGUUCAUUGCGACGCUGGCGAAAACCAUGUGCAAAUAUCAAUUCGCGAUGCUCAUCACGUUCGUCACCAUGCGCUUCCAAAAGAUAAACGGGGCCUUGACGGAAUUAAUGCAUCCGGGCCGCGGGGACGAUGUCAAGGAGGAGGCGACACGUCGCGCACGAUUGCAGCGACUAACACGGGUGCACUUUAAAUUGUGCAACGUGUGUAAGAAUAUUCACGACGCCCUGUCGUUCACGCUUUUGUUGUCCAUGAUCCAAACAGCCGUGGACAUUUUCCAGCACACGUUCUACUUGUACUUGGCGCUGACGAAGAGUUGCGAGGGAUGCGGGUUCCUGCAUUAUUUGUGUCCGCUUUUAUGGCUGCUGGAUGAGGGUGUGGAGACCAUCAACUUGGUCAGGGCCUGCGAGAAUGUGACCGCUGAGGUGGAUAGAAUCGGGCCGCUUUUACACAAGUUGCGUCGGUUCGUGAGUGACGCAUGCGCUAAGGAUAUUUAUUCCUAUUCGAUUGAAUGUCUUCAUCAACGCGUCAAAUUCGACAUGGCUGGAUUUGUCGUCCUGGACUACAACCUGCUCUACGUGUUCUUUCAAGUUUUCUCGACGUAUUUUAUUAUCAGCAUUCAAUUCUUCGAGACACAUCUCAGUGACAAGCGCGGCAAUGCAACUCAGACCGUGCUCGGCAAUUUAUCGUAA